UCGAAUGAGAGAAUGACGAGUGAAUGAUCUCCCCUAAAAAUAGAAAAAAAUAGCCGUGCGUCAGUAAUCGUGCGCUAAACGGAUGCGAAUCACUCAUCGAGCGCGCAGCUGUGAUCUCGUGUCAUCAUCAGGCACGUUAAUGGAUAAAAGGCAUACGGCAUGGUGGUGGGCGAAACCAACGGAACCGGUGUCGCGCAAAGCCACGGAGAAACUAUGAAGUCCCUGAUGGUAGAGGAGCGCGCUUCUGCAAGUGUCGAGACCUCCAACGGCAUGAUGAUCUCUGAGAUCCUUUUGCCCCGGUUAUUGAGAAUUGCGCACGAGUCUGGAGAGGUGGCAGUGGACGUGGGCUCUGGUCCCUUAGAAAUGAAGCCUUCGAGCUCUCCGAUCCUUUUGGAGAUGAUGGAGAUGGCGAACGGCACGCGUUGCGCGGAGCAAAUCCUGAGUUACGGAGAAGUGGAGAAAGUGCUGAUCGGUGGGGUGCUGACCAUGCUCACACUCAUCACCAUCUGCGGGAAUCUGCUGGUCGUCAUCUCCGUGUGUUUCGUGAAAAAGCUACGGCAGCCCUCCAACUAUCUCAUCGUGUCCCUCGCGCUCGCGGACCUCUCCGUUGCGCUCGCGGUGAUGCCGUUCGUCAGCAUCACGGACCUGAUCGGUGGCCGGUGGAUUUUUGGCAAGUUCUUCUGUAACGUGUUCAUAGCCAUGGACGUUAUGUGCUGCACCGCGUCUAUAAUGACACUUUGCGUAAUUAGUAUUGACCGAUACCUGGGCAUCACCAGACCCCUAACCUACCCAGUGAGGCAGAAUGGCUGGUGUAUGGCCAAAAUGGUGCUCUCUGUGUGGCUGCUGUCUGCUUCAAUCACCCUUCCACCGCUCUUUGGUUGGGCUCAGAAUGUGAACGAUGACCGGGUGUGUCUGAUCAGCCAGGACUUUGGCUACACCAUUUACUCCACAGCUGUUGCUUUUUACAUCCCCAUGACCGUCAUGCUGGUCAUGUAUAACCGCAUAUACCAUGCCGCCAAGCUCAGCGCCGCCAAACACACCAUUGCUGGCUUUCCUCGUGCUGAAGAGGAAGAGGAGGAUGAGGAGGCGGAAGGGAAGGACAGUAAUGGGAUGGAGAAAUCUGCGGGAGUGGAUUGCAUAUCUGUGGCAAUCAAGCUUCAGAGGGAAGUGGAAGAGUGCACACGACUACCUCGCAUCCUUCGAGGAGAGGGCAGGAGGAGCUCGGACCGGAGGAACAUCUCCAUAUUCAAACGGGAACAGAAGGCGGCAGCCACACUUGGGGUAGUGGUAGGCGCAUUCACCGUCUGCUGGUUGCCAUUUUUCCUACUGUCUUUGGCCCGGCCCUUCAUCUGUGGGACAGAGUGUAGUUGUGUCCCAUUAUGGGUGGAGAGAACUCUGUUGUGGUUGGGCUACGCCAACUCACUCAUUAAUCCCUUCAUCUACGCUUUCUUCAACCGGGACCUGCGCACCACCUACCGAAGCCUGCUCAGCUGCCGUUACCGUAAUAUUAAUCGUAGGCUCUCAGCCGCCGGCAUGCAUGAGGCCCUUCGGCUGGUGGAAAAACCAGAUAUGGUUGUCUCUGGGUGACCCAUAGUGCAAAUAACGGAGUUCAAAGGUUAGCAUUUGUACAAGGAGAUGGAAACUCACAACCUUAAAUGGUCAGCCUGACGUGUUGAGGAGGUGUCACAUAGUACUGACAGUAAAGUCCUGUAUGUAGUGUACUGUACCUACAGAGUCAAAUUGUGCACAGUGGAAAACAGUGGUCAAAUUAGACACUGACAUGCAUAAUGGACAAUGUGUUUCCAUUCUUAACUCAUCUUGUGAACACACACCAUCUACUGUGUUGCUGUUCUGAGUUCAGCUUUUAUUUCUAUUUUCCAGAUGUGUAUCAAGGACAUGCGUGACAGUGCACCAGUAGCUGCUGUUUAAAUCUGGACUCUGUUGACAAGGAUUGGCUCUCAAGGACUCAAAGAUUUGCAUAAACUCUACAUUUAAGAUGUACUCAUCAACAGAACUGUAGGGAGAACUGUAGCAAAGAAUUUUUAAAUCCAGUGUUGAAACCAGAAAACUAUUCCCACUCAGUUUUUGCUUUUAAAGCAUUUAUUGAGCCGAGUGAAACUUGUUUGUCAACUGUCAGCACUCGUUAGUUCAGAAAGUGUGAUUAAUCUGUGGAAAAGACAACUAAGGACAAACCAUUUCUACUUUCUGCCCUACCUGUAUGUGUAAUCUACACAUUCUCACUCUCUCUGUGUUCACUGAUUGUUUAAUGCAUUGACGGAAGGUGGAAGCACAGAUCUAAUGUCAGCUUCUUUCUGCAGCUUUGGUUAAGGUUGAAGGGACAGGAGGUAAUCUGAUCUCUUAUCAGUAAUUAAAGGUAUACCAAUGGGAUUCUGUUGAGAUCUACUCUGGUCUCUUUUUUUCUGGAGGCAGCUAUUUAUAGAUUGAUUCUGCAUGGAUCUUAUGUGAUUAGAUUGCAUGUCGCUAGUAUUUAUUUAGAAUAGAUCUUCAUGUCACAAACCAGAGAAAAUUAAUGUAAGCUAUCAAAUGUUUUGUAAUCAGAUUCAGUAAUUCAA